AUGAACGCUAUCGAUAUUGUGUCGAUUAUACCGUACUUCAUAACACUAGGAACCGUGAUACAAAAUGACACGAAUACUCAGGACAAACAAAAUAUGUCGCUGGCUAUCCUCAGGGUAAUUCGUCUAGUGAGGGUAUUCCGAAUAUUUAAACUCUCGCGUCAUUCCAAAGGACUGCAGAUUCUUGGCCAAACACUGAAAGCCAGUUUACGCGAGCUCGGUUUGUUAAUCUUCUUUCUUGUCAUCGGUGUUGUUUUAUUUUCUAGCGCCGUCUACUUUGCAGAGGUAGAUGCUGAACAGAGUCAUUUCAAAAGCAUUCCUGACUCAUUUUGGUGGGCCGUUGUAACCAUGACCACUGUCGGUUAUGGAGACAUGUCGCCAAUAGGCGUGUAUGGCAAAUUAGUCGGAUCACUGUGUGCCAUCGCUGGCGUAUUGACUAUUGCCCUGCCCGUACCCGUCAUCGUCUCCAAUUUCAAUUACUUUUACCACCGAGACGCUGAAGCUACUGGCGACAAGGAAAAGUUCCAGCAUGUCUCCUCUGCUACAAAUUAUUACGACGAGAAAAUCAGUUCGUAUACGUCGGAAGUCGAGUCCGACAUUAUGGAAAUGGAUGAAGGAAGCAUGUAUACUGACAAAUGGAAAGAAGGAAACUUGACAAAUACUAACAAUAUAGGGUUUAAUCACAUCAAAAAUAACCUUAGCAUGCAAACCGAUGUAUGA